GCCACCUAUUUAAGGUUCUGCGCCGGCCACAGUGAUUCCAUUCCCAUUCCCAUUCACGGCUAUCAGCUGCGUUCGCGCGUACCGAAGACAUUGUAGUUGGUUAAUUACUGGCCAGAGAUUACAGGAGGAGAUUCCCAACGACCGAAAAUGCAGCGAAUUAUCUUAGUUUUGGCCUUGAUUUUGGCCACGGUCAGUGCUACCAAUGUAAAGCAGUGCCCGGAUAAACCGUUUCCACUGGCCGUGAGAGUCGUGGACUGCGAGGAGCCACCAUGUGUGGUCUACAAAGGCAAAUAUGCGGUGAUGGAGGUCCAUUUUCUGGGCAAUGACAACAACAUUAAGAGCAUCACAGCCACCACAACGGCCAGGGUCUUGGGCAUGAAUCUACCUUACAUCCUGCCCGAUGAGGUCUCCGAUGUGUGCCUCAAUCUUCUCUACGGCGCCAUUUGUCCCAUCGACAAGGAUGAGGAUGUUACUUAUCAGUUCAACUUUUAUGUGGAGCCUGCUUUCCCCGAGAUCACGGCGGAUGUCACUGUCACACUGAACGAUGUUAAAGGCGAACCGAUCACCUGCUUCGUGGUCACCUGCAAGAUCCGGAAGGGACCAACUGCGACGCAAAGGGAGGAGUACUUGCUGGACUGGACGAACCCCCACUCCGAGUAGCGGACGCGACGAUGCACUCUACUCCAGCCACCGGUACCAACUGACUUGCUGAAUAUUAUCACCAUUAUUAUUCAACGAAAAAUAUACUCAGAGCUCUGCAGACGAUA